GAAAAAUAGAAAUUACUUAGUUUCAUUAGAGCAUUGAAAAAGUGAAGUAAUCAAUUGAAAAUUUUGUGUGAAAAUAUUAGACACGAAGUCUUUUAACGCAGCUCGAACAGCAAAGAUGACGUCAUUACGGUCUUGUUUUCUAGUCACACAAACACUCAUCGCUGCAAUCUUAAUCAACAUGGCAACAGCCGGCACAAUCGCACCUUCGUUAGCGGCCAGUCGCAAUCUCUUUGCCGCGGAUAUUUUCCAAGCGUUAGCGCAGACGCGUGCACAGCAAAAUGUCGUCUUUUCACCAGCGUCCGUACAGAGUUGCUUGGCGCUAGCCUUUCUGGGCGCUGAAGGCGAAACGGCACAACAACUGCGCAGCGGCUUGCGUUUGCCAGCCGCGUUGGAUAAAGCAAGCAUUGCGGCAGAUUAUGCGGCGUUUCUGCAGAAGAACUUCCAUAAAGACGCGAAUGCAGCGGAGGAUGCACCCAAAUUGCGCAUGGCUAAUCGUGUGUACGUCAAUGAGUCGCUGGAAUUGUCGGCAAAGUUCAAUGAACUUGCCAAAACUAGUUUUGAGUCUGAAGCGGUGCCAACGAAAUUCGCCGACGCCGCGAAUGCAGUACAAACCAUUAAUACGUGGGUAGAGCAUGAAACUGAGGGCAAAAUCAAGAACUUAUUACAACCAAAUGCUGUGGAUGUGGACACCAGCGCCAUUUUGGUGAAUGCGAUUUACUUUAAAGCCAAGUGGCUGCAUCCUUUCAGUGAGUUCUCAACUUCGGAACAUGAGUUCCGCAUGAGCGACGGCCAAACGUCAUCGGUACCUACGAUGUACGGCGAUGAGCGUGUGAAAUAUGGCGAGUUAGCGGAUUUGGAUGCGAAAGCUAUCGAGUUGCCCUACAAAAAUUCGGAUUUGUCAAUGCUGGUGCUUUUGCCCAAUAAAGUGGACGGUUUGGCGGCGUUGGAGCAAAAGUUGACGAAUGCUGAUCUGAAUUUGAUCGUCGAACGUAUGCGUGGCGCCGAUGUAGAUAUAUUUUUGCCAAAGUUUCGCAUUGAAUUUGAAGUGGAUCUGAAGCAACCGCUGCAGCAGUUAGGUAUGGUAAACAUGUUCAGUGAGUCAGCUGAUUUUAGCAGCCUUUUUGCGUCAGGUCCACAACAAAGAGUUGAUGAUGUCAAGCACAAGGCGUUCCUCGAUGUGAAUGAGGCUGGUUCCGAGGCGGCCGCGGCCACAUUUAUGAAAAUCGUGCCCAUGAGCCUGAACUUGAAUCAAAAAAUAUUCAAGGCGGAUCAUCCAUUUGUGUUUGCGAUACGAAAUAAGGAGGCCGUCUACUUUGUAGGGCAUGUAGCGAGGUUGUAAAGUAACUGAAUGUAUUGAGUGAAGAUUUUGAAAAAAUUUCGAAUAUAUUUGUAAAAUAUUUUUUAAUUUAAUAAAAAAUAUAUUCACUAACGGAA